CAUUCUGUCAAAACCCUCAAAACCCAAACCAAACUACACUAUACCCACAGCAGCGCCUGCAUAGGUUGAAAAUUCAGUUUAUAAUCAUUGAUUAGAUGCCUGGAUAAUUGGCAAGGUGGUGUUCUUAAUUGCAAAAGCAUAUUUCGUUUGAUCGAUAUGCAAAAGUGCAGUUGUGCUGUAUAGCAGCUCACAUCCAUGGUCACUUUCAAUCUCGUUCGGUGUUCAGUUCACAUAUAAGCACCAAUUGGGCAAUCCAAAUUAAUUUCAAUAUGCAAUUUGCAAUUGAAAGUUAAACAACACAUUUUUAGUUUUGCGUCUUUGAAAGUGAAAAGUUUAAAAAAUAAAAAAAAAAAAUUUUAAAUGACUGACGAAGAACAAUUGAGUUUAGACGAAAUUACAACUUCGGAAACUGUGAUUGAGGAUGCUCGGUUGGAUAAAAUUAGUUCGUAUACGAUAAUGACUUUGGGAUUGAACCUUGAAAAGUGGCAAACAAUGAUAGGAAACGGAAAUUAUAAGCUCAUUGUCUUAGACUGGCUUAAUAAUGCAAACAGAAGAGUUCUGCUCUUUACCCUCAACCCAGCAGGAUUUUUGGUUCCGAUAAAUUCGCUUAGCGAUAUCAGAAGGACGAGUUUUUCACAAAACUCCAGCUCCACUGCAAUGUUCAGCAGAGAAACUGCUACCAGCAUUGCCGUUGCUGCAACUUCAGUAACAAUUGCCCCCACCAUCAAUGCAAUUAGUAACAUAACUCUCCCCCUGCCUGGAAGCAGUUUCUCGACUCUCGAUGGUGUACCACGUGGCAAGGCAGCGUUCUUUUUAAAAAGGACAUCUCUGGUUGUAACUUUGCACAAUUUCCAUAAUGAGAUUUUAUUUGGUGACUUGCCCAUGCAUAGUAAGGUGGAAACUUUGGCUAUAUUGCUGGAACAAAUUUACAUUCCAUUGCUUAGCAAUCCGCUCAAUAACAAAUUGUGGCCGGAGACAGUAUCGCAGGAUCUCAAUGCUCAAACGAAGGACAUCCGGAACAAAGUGCAAGAGAUCAAGGGGAAGACGAAUAAUAAAACCAUUCUAUCGUUAUUGGUUUCAUCAUCUUUAAUCUUAGAUAUGAGGGACAAAGUUGAAAAGGGUGAAACAUCUGUAUUCCAAGACCAAUUUCUUAAUACAUUCGAAGAAAUGAUUAUAAAUUGGACAACACAAAUUCAUGAAAUCUUGAGUGUUAAAUCCGAAAGCAUUAAUAAUUAUAACGAUAAUUUACUUCCUGCUAACGAGGUAUCCUUUUGGAAUAACAGAAAAUUUCAUUUACAAGAUGUUUAUGAGCAAAUGAAGUCUCCUGCCAUCGUUGCUGUUGCCCAAACCCUCGAGUCUUUCGGGUCAAUAGUUUAUUCAGAAUCCUUUCAUAAAAUAUUCAAGGAUCUAAUAAUGGCACUCCACGAAGCCCAAGACAUAACUUUAUGGCUCAGUCCGAUUAUACGACACACCACAGCCUUUAGUGCGGUCAAUUUUAUUAAUUCUAUGGAUCUGGUAGAGCCCUUGGUCCACAUAAUUCAUUUAAUUUGGACAAACUCUCGUUACUAUUGUACAUUAAAAAGGAUGACAGUCCUGCUGAAAUCAAUAUGUAAUUUGUUGGUCUACAGAGCAAGUGAGGAUUUGGAGUUUGCCAUUUUAUUCCAAGGCGAAGCUGAAGCCGAUGAGGGGCUUGCAAAAAUAACCUCAACAGUGAACAUACUGGAGUAUUUUAAGACGAAAAUGUGCGAAUAUAAAAACCAGUAUGCAACCAGACAUUCGGAAAACUCCCAUAACUCUUCAGAGCUGUGGAAGUUUUCUGCCGAUGAAGUUUUCGCUCGACUGGAUGGAUUUCUCAAUCAGCUUUCUGGGUUGAAAAACAUAUUUCAGUUGGCAGCGUCCUUCCAAUGUUUGGAAAAACUUGAAAUUGGUGGAAUUCGUGGCAAAUACUUUAAAGACCUUCUCUUGAGGGUUAAUGAAGACUUUAAACAAGUUUUGGCCAACUGGUCUCAAGAAGAAAUAGAUCUCAACAAAAUAAACCCCAAAUGCAAGAAGUACAGCAUGAAACAUUAUGUCUUUUUCCAGCAGACAGAAAUUUUGGAAAAACGCUUAGCGACGAUUUUAGUUAAGGCAUUUGAAGACUGUUGCAAUAUUGAGCAAGUUAUGAAGUUGGUAAUAAUGUUUCGAGAUUUUCUUCAAAGGACGAUUAUUCGAAACGAACUUCAAGUAACCAUUUCAGGGACUUUGAAAAUUUUGAAUGAAGAACUGGAAAGCUUGCUCCUGAGCGCAAAUGAAGUUGAAACACCUCAAAAAAUCAAUUUCUCUUCAUUGCCAUCCACUCUAAUGUGGAUCCAUCAAGUUGAACAACGGGCCGAAGCACUAUGCAGUGAUGUUUUUGAAAAUACUUUGUUCAUCGAUGGUAAUAACGAGUAUGAAGAAAUUAAGAAAAAACGAAAUGCUUUGUUGGAAAACUUUAAAACUCUUUAUUCAGAGGCAUGGGAAAGUUGGAUUGAAUCAAUAGACGACCAAAUUGAAAGCUCUUUAAAUGAGCCUAUAUUUCGAUGGCAGAUUGAGGACGAUCAAUCCAGACGUCGACUGUCAGCAAACCUUCCCAAUACAAUUUUUACAACAACCAAAGAUUUGAAAUACUUGAUUAGCACCGGGGUCGAUGUGGAUUUGCUAACACCGAAGAGCUUGGAACUUUAUAGUUUGCGAGAGGAGAUGUGGAAAAGGAAGAAUAUUCUUUUGCAAAUUGAAGACUCUUACAAUGAGAUAAAUGAUUCUUCUAAGCCCUGUGAAUUUGAUUUGAUAUUUUAUGAAAUUGUUAAUAUCAAUGAUCUCAUUGACUUGUCUUGUGCAACUAUAAUCUGGAAAUCUUAUGACUCUGGACUUGUCAAUGAAAUUUUGGAAAAAGUUUCAUCACUUCACGGGAGAUUUUUUCGUACUCAAUAUAAUUUAGAAGAAUUAUUUAAGGUCAUAAGUAACUGCUGCACUGAACCUUUGCACCAACAUUCUUCAUUUGGGAAAAGUACAUUGAAUUUACAACUUCAAAAGGAAAGAUUACACUUGCGCAAAAAACGUUGCAACGAAAGUAAACUAAUUGUUGAUGAGCUAGUACGAGAAAACUUUAGUCUUUUUUACAACAGCUCCAAGGAAUAUACUGAAAAUGAGGUCUCAAAGUUUGACACAAAAAAUGAAAACUAUCUUCGAUUUAUUAAUGAUUUGAUAAAAGUUCAAAUUUACGAUUCAAUAAAACAAAGCUUAGACUAUUUGAAUUUAGAGAUGACAUCUAAAGAUUCGGAAAUUGAAAGAAACCCAAUUUUUGAAGUUAAAUUAGAACUUAUAGAUGAAACUAUUGCCUUUAAACCACCUCUGGAUUCAACUUCAGAUGAAAGUGUUGAAAUAAUGGUAAACAAUUUAAUAGAUAACAUUUUUGAUGCAGCUUCGAGUGUACCAACAUUAUUUGAUGAAAAAAUUGAUUAUACACAAAACAUUGAACUUGAAAAAUGUGUGAAGGAUAUUCUCAACAAAACUUCAAUGACAAUUGAAGAAGCAAAGAAAUUUGCUGAGAAAUUUGAAAGCAUGGAAUUUUUAUGGACUGAGUCAAUGACAAAGGUUUUGCAAACUAUAAAGGUUGAAAUAUGUGGCAACUCUUCAAACAUUAAUGGUUUUUUAAUUCUUGAAGCUUUCAAAAAAGAGAUUGACCGUUACAAUGACCUCUACGAGGAUAUUGAGCAUUUCGAAAACUAUCAUGUAAUCAACGGCUGGUUGGCAAUUGACGUUAAUCCGCUUAAACAUGCUCUGCUAAAUCACGCUUGCAAAUGGGCUAAUUCAUUCAAACAAUGGUUGCUGCAAUAUGUCCUGGACACUCUAGAGGAGCUUGAGGGAUUUAUCAUUUCUGGUAUAAAGGCAUUAUCGCUUGAUAUCAAAUUGGAGGAUUUCCGUUCUCUAUUAGAGGUUUUGGCAAUUAAGUUCGAAAUCAAGGAACGAGAAUGCUUAGCCAACAAUAUAUUUAAACCGCUUAGGGAUAUAAUAGCACUGCUGAAGUCCUACAACACAGAUUUUGAUCCUGGCUUGCUGAAAGACAUCGACCAUUUGCCAAUCAAAUGGAAGACUCUAAAGGACACUGCCGAGACUAAAAUUGACGGCUUAGCGGAAAUCAAAGAAUACCAACAGAAUGCCAUUCGGGGUAUUGUGGAAAUUUUUAACAGCCAAGUAAAUAGCUUUUAUGAGUCUUUUCUGAUGAUAAAGUUUUUUUCGGUUCCAUGUGAUGGAGUGUAUUCUCUGUGCGAUGCUGUGUAUAGACGGUUGGUUGGAUUUAAAAAGUCUCGAAAGAGGAUUUUGCAUUGUGCGAGGCUUUUAGAAAUACCAACUUCUGAUGGCACAAAACUCGUUCUAUGCGAAGCUGAAGUAAAAAGGGUUAAACAACUGUGGGAUUUUGUGCAUGUCAUUCAGUCUUGUAUUAUUGAUUGGAAAUCAACACCAUGGUGCCAAAUCGACACCGACGAUGUAGAAAAUGAAUGCAAGAAAUUCACCAGAGAACUAAGGACGCUGGAUAAGGGGGUUCGAACAUGGAAACCGUACGAAUAUAUCGUCUCUGUAUUGAAGGAUUUAGUUUCGUCAUUACGUGUAAUCACCGAACUUCAAAACCCAGCAAUAACGGAAAGACAUUGGAUGGAAUUGAUGACAUGUACAAGAAUGCAAUUUCACUGCGACAAAACAACGACAUUAAGCGACUUGCUCUACUUGGGUUUGCACAGAUUCGAUGAGGAAGUCAAAAGUACAGUUGACAAGGCCAUUAAGGAAAUAACAGUUACCAAAGCUCUGGAAGAAAUCAAAACAACUUGGGCCCAGAUGAAAUUCAACAGUGAAAUACACAAGCCAAGGCAGCUCCAACUACUCCGAGUCUCCGAGGAGUUAAUCGAAACUUUGGAUGAUAAUCAAAUGCAACUGCAAAACAUAUCCACAUCCAAGCACAUUGACUAUUUGCUUCCCAAACUUAAUCACUGGCAAGAGAUUCUAUCGAAUGUGGAUUUGGUCAUAACGCGCUGGUUCGAUGUGCAAAGAAAAUGGAUUUAUUUGGAAAGUAUUUUCAUUGGCUCCGAGGACAUUCGAACACAAUUGCCCGAUGAUGCGGAACGCUUCGAGGCGAUUGACUCUGAAUUCAUUCGUCUUCUCAAGGAGGUCGAGACAAUUAAGUUGGUUGUUCGGGUAGCAGAAAAUAAACACAUUUACACUCUUCUGGGAGAAUUGGAACUAAAGUUGGGUAUUUGUGAGAAGGCACUGUGCGAUUACUUGGAAACAAAGCGUUUGGCUUUUCCUCGAUUCUAUUUUAUAUCAUCGACGGAUCUCCUUGAUAUACUGUCAAAUGGAAAUUCUCCCAGAGUUGUAUGUCGUCACCUGAUAAAACUUUUCGACUCUGUUCUACUUCUUGAGUUCUUGCAUGACCAAUCGAAUAGCGCUAUAGGUUUCCAUUCCAAGGAGAAUGAUGAGUAUGUUGAUUUCACCGGAGACGUAGUGGAAUGCACAGGACAGGUUGAAAGUUGGCUUAAUGAAAUCACCAAGCGAAUGAAGAGUACUUUGCAUUUAUUGUUCAAAAACGCCCUCAAGGAAAUCGCUUACAGAUCUACCGAAAAUUGGCUGUUGGAUUGGCCUGCACAAGUUGCACUUUGCUGCAGUCAGAUUUGUUGGACAUCUGCAGUUAACAAUGCAUUUGGAUGGAUGGAAGAAGGUUAUGAAAGUGCAAUGAAAGAUCUUCAGAAACAUCAGAUUGCUCAGUUAAAUGCUCUUAUCAAUUUACUUUUGCGUGAACUUAAGCCAGGGGAUCGACAGAAAAUUAUGACCAUUUGUACGAUUGAUGUGCAUAAUCGAGAUGUUGUUUUAAAAAUAAUUCAACAGAAGGUUGAAAAUGCUUUGGCAUUUCAAUGGCAAAGCCAACUUCGGCAUCGGUGGGACGACAGUGUCGACAACUGUUUUGCGAACAUAUGUGACGCUGAGUUUCAAUAUGAUUUCGAAUACCUUGGAAAUACUUCGCGUUUGGUAAUAACGCCACUCACAGAUCGCUGCUAUAUUACACUCACACAAUCAUUGCAUCUGGUAAUGGGUGGUGCACCUGCCGGCCCAGCUGGAACUGGAAAAACCGAAACCACAAAGGAUCUGGGUCGGGCAUUGGGAGUGAUGGUGUACGUUUUCAACUGUUCUGAACAAAUGGACUACAAGUCCUGUGGAAAUAUUUAUAAAGGACUGUCACAGACCGGUGCAUGGGGAUGCUUUGACGAAUUCAACCGGAUAUCAGUGGAAGUUUUAUCCGUGGUUGCAGUGCAGGUGAAAACCAUUCAAGAAGCAAUAAAGAUGAAGAAGACACAAUUUGCCUUCAUGGGCGAGAGUAUAUCCCUGGUCAGCACUGUGGGUAUCUUCAUCACCAUGAAUCCAGGCUAUGCCGGACGUACCGAACUCCCAGAGAACUUAAAAAUGUUGUUCCGUCCGUGUGCAAUGAUUGUACCGGAUUUUGCACUUAUAUGCGAAAUAAUGCUUGUAGCCGAAGGAUUCCAGGACGCACGAUUGUUGGCGAGAAAAUUUAUAACCUUGUACACUUUGUGUCGCGAAUUGUUGUCACAACAAGAUCACUACGAUUGGGGUUUGAGAGCCAUUAAAUCGGUGUUAGUGGUCGCGGGAGGACUGAAGCGAGAGGACCAUACGCGCCCUGAGGAUCAAGUGCUAAUGAGAGCGCUGCGGGACUUUAAUAUACCAAAAAUUGUAACGCAGGAUGUUUCGAUAUUUAUGGGCUUAAUAGGAGAUUUGUUUCCUGCAAUUGAAGUUCCCCGUAAAAGAUUAUUUGACUUUGAGAGAGCUGUUCGCAAAGCAGCGCAUGAAUUAAAACUACAACCUCAGGAAAGUUUUCUUAUGAAGGUGGUUCAGCUCCAGGAAUUGCUGAAUGUGAGGCACUCUGUGUUUGUGGUUGGUGACGCUGGAACGGGGAAGACUAAAAUUUGGCAAACUCUUUUGCAAACGUAUAUUAUUCAAAAAAUUAAGCCGCUUUGCAGCGUUCUCAAUCCAAAGGCGAUGUCAAGUGAUGAGCUUUUUGGUGUUGUUAAUCCUACGACAAGAGAGUGGAAGGAUGGUUUAUUUUCGUCGAUAAUGCGAGAUCAAGCAAAUAUUAAAGGAGAUCAAGUGAACAGCCCCAAAUGGAUUGUUUUAGAUGGCGAUAUUGAUCCAAUGUGGAUUGAGAGCUUGAAUACAUUGAUGGAUGAUAACAAGGUCCUAACAUUGGCGAGUAAUGAACGAAUUGUCUUGUCAAAGGAGAUGCGAUUAUUGUUCGAGGUAGGUCACCUUAAGGCUGCUACACCUGCAACUGUAUCGCGGGCUGGAGUACUGUAUAUAAAUCCUCAGGACUUGGGAUGGUUUCCUUAUGUGUCAUCGUGGCUGGAAACUCGCCCGGAUAUCGUUGAACGCGGUCUAUUAACCCGUUUUUUUGAAAAAUACUUCCCCAGUAUGGUAAACCGAAGCCAAGAGUUCCGAAAGACAACCCCAAUCACCGAUAUGGCAAUGAUCCAAAUGACCUGCCACCUAAUAGAGAGUCUAUUGGAUAGCAAUCAAAGAAUUGAGGCUGAGUCUAUGGAAACCACCUUGGAGAUUAUUUUCGCAUUCGCUGCAAUUUGGGGAUUCGGCUCAGCACUAUGCAAGGAUAACAUAAUAGAUUGGCAUCGGGAAUUCCACAAAUGGUGGACGAGUGAAUUCAAGGACAUUAAAUUCCCAUCGCAUGGCACCAUCUUUGACUACUUCCCAGAUAAUUUAACUCAAAAGUUCCAUCGUUGGGAGACACAAAUUGAGGAAAUUAAAGUUCAGCCAGACGUUCCCUUGCAGAAUAUACUGGUGCCAACAGCUGAUACCAUUCGUUUGGAAUAUUUCCUGAAGCUGUUAAUAAAGCGUAACCUUCCAAUAUUGCUUGUCGGUACAUCUGGCUGUGGCAAGGGUGCCAUUCUAAGGGACAUUUUCAAUACGACAACUUCAGAAUGGCAAACUUCACACCCAGAACGAAUCUUACAAACAACACAUUUCAACUUUUACACUACUUCGGAAAUGUUUCAAAAGGUCCUCGACAAACCACUCGAAAAGAAGUCUGGUAGAUGUUAUGGCCCAAAUGCAAACAAACACUUGAUUUACUAUAUAAACGACCUGAAUAUGCCGGAAGUUGAUGCAUACGGUACUGUUCAACCCCACACAAUUAUACGGCAGUUUAUGGACUACCGGCAGUGGUAUGACCGCAGUCGGCUUGCCUUGAAGGACAUUCGGAAUUGCCAAUUUGUUGCCUCCAUGAAUCCCACAGCUGGCUCCUUUACCAUUGAUCCCAGGCUCCAACGCCAUUUCUGUGUGUUCUCUGUGCAUACACCAAAUGAGGCAGCCCUAAAUAGAAUUUACUCGACCAUCUUCAGUCAUCAUCUCGACAACCCUCUUAAUGGAUUCUCCAAAGAAAUUAGAUCGCUCUGCUCACUCUUAGUUAACGUGAGCGUGUGUUUGCAAUGUCGUGUGGAGAAUGCCUUCCUCCCAACCGCAUUAAAGUUUCACUACAUCUUUAACUUACAGGACAUGACCAACAUCUACCAGGGACUAAUGAACUGUUCCGGAGCCACCUGCACAAAACCAAUUGAAUUAGUGCGUCUCUAUGUGCAUGAAGCUUUUCGCGUAUACCAAGACAGACUUGUGGACCAGCAUGACAUAAAGGCUUUUGAUGUCAUCAUCAGGGACGUUCUCAAGAAGAAUUUUGAAGAUUUCGAUGAGGAGUUUGUGUUUGCACAGCCUCUAAUUUAUAGUCAUUUUGGACAGUCUUUGGUGGAUCAAAAAUAUCUGCCAAUUCCUACUUGGGAUGCUCUCUAUCAAUUACUCAACGAAGCUCAGGCGAGUUAUAACGAGUCGGUGGGCUAUAUGAAUCUCGUCAUGUUUGAGGAUGCUAUGCUGCAUGUUUGCAGAAUCAACAGAAUCCUUGAAAACGCAGGCAAUGCACUUCUCAUUGGUGUUGGUGGCUCUGGCAAACAAACUCUUGCUCGUCUUGCAUCCUUUAUAUCCUCACUCACUGUGUUUCAAAUGCAAAUGAAACGAGGAUAUUGUCUACAGGAUAUGAAGGAAGAUAUUGCUAGUCUUUAUAUUAAAGUUGGUCUUAAGAAUGUCAUGUCUGUGUUUUUACUAUCUGACGCUCAGAUACCCAAUGAAUCGCUAUUGACACUGUGUAAUGAUAUGCUUGCGUCCGGAGACAUUCCCCAACUGUUUAGUGAGGACCAAGUUGAAAUGAUAUACAAUGGAAUACGCAAUGAAGUAAAACAAAGUGGACAGAUAGACACGAAGGAUAAUUGUUGGCGGUUUUUCAUCAAUAAAGUUCGACGGAUGCUUAAAAUUGUUCUUAGUUUUUCUCCUGUUGGACCGACAUUACGAAUAAGAGUCAGGAAAUUUCGAGCUAUUGUUAGUAGGACUAGCAUUGAUUGGUUUCAUGAGUGGCCAAACACAGCCUUGCAGUCGGUAUCAAAGAAGUUUCUAUCAGAAAUCGAUAUGGUUUUGCCGGCAAACAUUGUUGCGCCAGUUGGAAGCUUUAUGGCAUAUGUUCAUGAAACAGUCAAUCACAUAUCAAAAAUGUAUCUACAGAAUGAAAAACGUUUUAAUUACACGACACCGAAAACAUUUUUAGAGUACAUUUUCUUAUAUCGCAAGCUAAUGUUGGAAAAAAAUACUGAACAUUGCUGCCGCAUCAAAAGGCUUGAAAGUGGAAUGUCAAAGCUAGCAGAAUGUGCUCGACAAGUUGAUACAUUGAAGAAUCAACUCGCAAUUCAGGAGGUACAAUUGAACUUAAAAAAUGAGGCAGCCGAUAAACUCAUUGUUAUCAUAACUGACGAAAGUACUAAAGUUCAAAGAGAAAAACUCAUAGCAUCCGAAGAAGAAAAACGUGUUCGAAUAAUUGAGGAGGAUGUUUCAAUCAAAACUCAAAUGUUCGAAGAAGAUUUGCGUAAAGCUGAACCAGCUCUAGUGGCAGCACAGGCUGCUUUGAAUACACUCAACAAAAACAAUAUAACCGAGUUGAAGUCAUUUGGUUCACCUCCAAAAGCUGUCGUCAAUGUAUGUGCAGCAGUAAUGGUACUUCUAGCUGUGAAUGGACGAAUACCACGCGAUCGUAGCUGGAAAUCAGCAAAGCUGAUGAUGGCUCGUGUAGAUCAAUUCUUGAAUGAUUUGGUAAAUUAUGACCGAGAUAAUAUACACCCUAAUAUUAUUGAGACCUUACAAGAAUAUUUAAGGGAUCCGGAAUUUAAUCCGGAUAAGGUUGUUCAAAAAUCAGUUGCAGCUGCAGGACUUUGUGCUUGGGUUAUAAAUUUACAUCGAUACCAUCAAGUUUUUCUUAUUGUUGGCCCUAAGCAGAAGGCUCUGCAAGAUUCUCAAGAUGAACUUAAAUCAGCUAGAGAACGUCUUAAGUAUUUGAAAACUAAAAUUUCAAAUCUGGAAGAGAAACUACACGAAAUUCAGUGUGAAUUUGAAGAGGCCAUAGCUCAAAAGCAAAAGUGUCAGCAAGAAGCUGAUAGAACAGCUUUUACAAUUGAUUUGGCACGUAGACUUGUCAACGGUCUAGCUAGUGAAAAUGUGCGCUGGAAGGAAUCUGUUUUCAGUCUCAAGGAGAAAAUUGAAGCUCUUCCAGGAGACAUUCUUCUUAUAUCUUCAUUUCUUUCGUAUGUUGGGAGUUUUACCCGAAGGUAUAGACUUGAGCUACGCGAACAAAUGUGGAUGCCUCAUUUCAAAAGUAUUUUGCCAAAAAUACCACAUUCAGAAAAUGCUGACUUCUUCACAUCUUUACACGAUGAAGCUCGUAUUGCUAUUUGGAAUAAUCAAGGAUUGCCAAUGGAUCAAAUGUCAACUGAAAAUGCAACAAUAUUAACAUACUCAAGUAGAUGGCCUCUAAUGAUUGAUCCCCAAUUACAAGGUGUCAAAUGGAUUAAGAAUACAUUUGCUGGUAAACUUGUUGUCAUUCGAUUGAAUCAGAAAGGUUAUUUAGAAACCUUAGAACGAUCAAUUUCUACUGGAGACACAGUUCUUAUUGAGCAAAUUGAAGAAACAAUCGAUACAGUCCUUGAACCAUUGUUAAAUCGUGCUUUCAUCAAAAAAGGACGUUACAUAAAAAUUGGAGAUAAAGAACUUGACUUUAAUACAAAUUUCCGUUUAAUUUUGCAAACAAAAUUAGCGAAUCCCCAUUACAAACCUGAACUUCAAGCUCAGAUGACUUUGAUUAAUUUCACUGUCACCCAAGAUGGACUUGAAGAACAACUCCUUGCCGAGGUUGUUCGAAUAGAACGUCCAGAUUUAGAGGAAAUGAAAAUUGAAGUAACCAUCCAGCAAAACAAAUUUAAAAUAUCUCUUAAGGACUUGGAGGAUGAACUUCUAGCAAGACUUGCAUCCUCCGGUGAAAAUGUACUCGAAGAUCAUGCAUUAGUUCUAAAUCUCGAAAAUACCAAAAACACGGUCGACGAAAUCGAAAUAAAAGUAGCAGAAGCAAAUAUUACAACUCUUCAGGUAGAUAAAACACGAAACAUCUACCGUGAAGCAGCUCAAAGAGCUUCAAUAUUAUUUUUUGUCCUAAGUGACCUCAACAAAAUAAACCCUAUGUAUAAGUUUUCUUUGAAAACCUUUAUGGUUGUCUUUCGACGAGCAAUAGCAUUGGCACCAACUUAUCAGAAAAGCUUAGAGAAACGCGUUGCUUCACUUGUAGAUUCUAUAACAUAUGAAUGUUUCAGAUACACAAUGAGGGGACUGUUUGAACGGGAUAAGCUUAUUUUCACGUUUCACAUGAUAAUUCGCAUAAUGCUUCAUUCAAAAUCAAUUACCAAGGACGAAAUAGAUUUUUUGCUCAGAUAUCCACAUGAUCCUAAUGCCAUUUCGCCAGUUGAUUUUCUUAGCCGGGCAGCUUGGGGUGGUAUUCGACAUCUUGCAUCAAUGGAACAUUUUUAUGGCAUAGACAAGGACAUUGAAAACUAUCCAAAACGUUGGAAAAAGUUUCUUGAAACCAAUGUUCCCGAACGAGAAACCUUCCCAGGUGAAUGGAAACACAGAAGUCCGCUACAAAAGCUUUGCAUUAUACGCGCUCUUCGGCCAGAUCGUUUGACUUAUUCUAUGAGACACUUUGUUGAAAAAACCAUGGGUGAGAAAUAUUCGAAUGUUAAAGUUGUUCAGUUUUAUGAAACUUUUCAAGAAGUCUCACCUACAAUACCUCUGCUCUUCAUAUUGUCAUCGGGUGUUGAUCCCAUGCAAAACGUUGAGAAACUUGGAAUUCAACUAAAAUUUUCAGUAGAAGAGGGAAAUCUCUACAACAUAUCCCUCGGACAAGGCCAAGAGAUUGCAGCUGAGAAAGCUAUUGAAAUUGCUCUGAAACUUGGUCAAUGGGUUAUCCUGCAAAACAUUCAUCUGGUAGUUAAUUGGCUACCAAAACUUGACAAGAUUAUUGAAAACAUUGACGAAAGUGUGCAUCCAGACUUCAGGCUCUUCAUAAGUGCUGAACCGGCUCUUGAUCCGCAAUACCAUAUAAUUCCCCAAGGAGUGCUUGAAUCAUCAACAAAAAUAGUUAAUGAGCCACCGACAGGCAUGGCUUCAAAUCUUCACAAGGCUUGGGACAAUUUCAAUCAAGAGUUUCUGGAGAAAUGUACACAAGAAGCCGAAUUUAAGUCUAUUCUCUUUACACUGUGUUAUUUUCACUCUGUCGUUGGAGAACGAAGGAAAUUUGGGCCUUUGGGAUGGAACAAGGUUUAUCCUUUUAACAUUGGUGACCUUAAUAUAAGUGCUUAUGUUCUGUACAACUAUUUAGAGGGUAGCAAUCGAAUACCCUGGGAAGAUCUUCGAUAUCUCUUUGGCGAAAUAAUGUAUGGAGGGCAUAUAACAGACGAUUGGGAUCGUAGACUAUGUCAGACAUAUUUGGAAGAGCUAUUGAGACAAGACCUCAUUGACGGGGAAUUUGAACUUUGCCCAGGUUUUCCAUCGCCUCCCAAUAUGGAUUUUAAUGGUUAUCACACGUAUAUCAAUGAAAUAUUGCCGAAUGAGUCCCCCGUGCUUUAUGGCCUCCAUCCCAAUGCCGAAAUAAGUUUUCUUACAACCGCUUCGGAGACCCUUCUGACAUCGAUUUUUGAACUACAGCCCCGUGAGUCUGAAUUAAACUCAAGCUACGAAGCCCCGAGAGAAGAGUUGGUCAAAAUUGCAAUCGACGAUUUCUUAGACAAAUUACAGGACGAGUUCAAUUUAAAUAGCCUUCUUAAUCGAAUCGAAAAGAAAACUCCAUUUGUAGUAGUUGCCUUGCAGGAAUGCGAACGAACAAAUACACUCAUAAGGGAGAUUAAGAGAUCUCUUCGAGAGCUUUUACUUGGUCUCAAGGGAGAAUUAACAAUCACUGCGGAAAUGGAAAAAUUGCAUAAUGCCAUCUUCUACAAUUACUUACCAAACAGUUGGACAAGAUUAGCAUACCCGAGUAUGAUGGGCCUGCAGGGAUGGUUUGCAGAUCUGAUCCAUCGCAUUAAAGAGUUAGCAAUCUGGCUUAACGAUUUUAAGCUGCCAUGUGUCAUUUGGUUAGGUGGCCUUUUUAAUCCGCAAAGCUUUCUAACAGCAAUUAUGCAGGAAUCAGCGAGGAAGCAUGAUUUACCCCUCGACCGAAUGUGCCUAAGCUGCGAUGUCACCAAAAAGGAUAAAGAAGAUAUAAACUUACCCCCAAUGGAAGGAGCAUUUGUGCAUUCCCUUUACUUGGAUGGGGCCAGUUGGGAUUGUAACUUAAAAACUCUUGUGAAUCUGCGUUCGAAGGAAAUUAUUUGCACUAUGCCGGUCAUCUACAUAAAAUCAAUAGUUCAAGAGAAGCAAGAUGUUAUUAGGCGAAUUUAUGAGUGUCCACUUUAUAAAACAAGAUCACGAGGGUCUACCUAUGUGUGGACAUUCAACCUCAGUACUAAGGAGAAACCAUCUAAAUGGAUCUUAGGAGGGGUGGCCUUGAUUUUGCAGUGCUGAAAUGGCAGAUUUAAACUACAUAAAUAUUAAUAGGAUAAAUAAUAUAAA